UUGGGGGGUGGGGGGGGGGGGGGGGUCUCGGCGCCGCCAUGGCGGGGGCGGCGGUGCUGCAGGUGCUCCGGCAGGGCGUGUGGGCCUCGCUGACCGGCGGCUGCUUCCUGGAGCCUCAGCUGGGCGCCUUCGCCAACUGCGUGCGGCUCUACGUGUGGCUCUUCCUGCUCGGGCUGCCGCUCGGCCUCUACUCGGCGCUGCCCCCCUCCCCCGCCGUGGCCGCUCUCUACUGCGGGCUCGUGGCCGCGUUUUUCGGGGCCGUCAAGGCCGUGACGUUCCGGCUGCACGCGCGCCUGGACCGGGACCCCGAGCGGGACCCCGAGGGGGGGGCGGCGGCGCUGCUGCCCCCCCGCAGCCCCCAGGAGCGGGACGGGACCCCCGGCCCCCCCGGGGGGGGUCUGCAGCUCUCGGUGCUGCGGUGGCCGAGCGCAACCCCCCCUCAACUCUGCGGCUUCAACCAACUCUCGGAGCUGCUGCCACACCUGGACACCACCACCGGGGCUGGGGAGCUCCGGGGCAUCCUCACGGCCGCUGACCGGGACUGGCUGCGCUCGGUGGGUGUGGGGGGGGUCCCGGGGGGGGCCUGGGGGGGGCGCACGGCCUGUGGGGGGGGCACCGAUGGGGCUGGGGGUGAUGCCAGGACCCCCCCCCUGAGCCUCCUCCUCCUCCCCCCAGCCCCGGGGGGCUGCCCUGCAGGGUCAGGGGUCCCGCCCGGCAGCCCCCCCCCAUCGCCCCCCCUGGGUGGGGGUCCCGGCAGCGCCUGCCCCACCCCCACCCCCCCGCGGACCCCCCCUUGAAGGCUGGGGAGGGGGGGGGGGCGCUCUGAGGGUGAGGCAGGUGAGACCCCCCCCCCCACGGUGGGAUGUGAGUGGGGGGGCCCCAAAACUGGGGGGGGGGGUCCAGCCCCAUAAUGGGGGGGGGUCACUGGGAUAUUUUGGGGGGUCCAGCCCCACAUGGGGGGGCUGGGGGGGGGGGGGCUGCUGCCCCAGAACGGAGGGGGGCUGGGGGCCCUGGGGCUGGGGAGGGGGCUGGGCAGGCUGCCCUAAACACGGGGAGGGGUGUUUUGGGGGGGGGUUUGACACCCCCGCGGUGACAUUUGGGGGUGACCCCCCUCGCUUUCGGCCGUUUCUGGAGGAGCUCUGUCGGUUUGGGCGGCGAGAAGGAGAAAUUAAUAAAUUAACAAAUUAAUAAAUAAAUAAAGCCCCUAACGGUUCCAAACUC